AUGAGUGUUAGGUGGCCAAGAGUUUUGACACCGACCCUUCUCUCUCAGAUCCUAAAGAAGCAAAAGAACCCAGCAACAGCACUUCGGCUUUUCGAUGAAGCAAAAGAGAGGUUUCCGAGUUACGGUCACAAUGGCUUGGUGUACGCCACCAUGAUUGGCAUCCUUGGUAAAUCCAACCGUGUGUUGGAAAUGAAAUAUGUGAUAGAGAAGAUGAAGGAAGAUUCUUGUGAGUGUAAAGAUACGGUUUUUGCAUCGGCCAUCCGUACAUUCUCCAGAGCUGGAAGGCUGGACGAUGCCAUCUCUCUCUUCAAGAGCCUUCACGAGUUCAACUGUGUGAAUUGGACUCUAUCUUUCGAUACCCUUUUGCAGGAGAUGGUUAAAGAAUCGGAGCUCGAAGCUGCUUGUCACAUCUUUCGAAAGUAUUGUUAUGGGUGGGAGGUGAACUCUCGGAUAACGGCUCUGAAUCUGCUUAUGAAGGUUCUUUGCCAGGUCAAUCGCUCUGAUCUGGCUUCUCAUGUCUUUCAAGAGAUGAACUACCAGGGUUGUUAUCCCGACAGAGACAGCUACAGGAUUCUGAUGAAAGGGUUUUGUCUAGAGGGGAAACUUGAUGAAGCCACGCAUCUGCUGUAUUCCAUGUUCUGGAGGAUCUCGCAGAAAGGUUCAGGUGAGGACAUUGUGGUUUACAGGAUUCUGCUGGAUGCGUUAUGUGAUGCUGGGGACGUUGAUGAGGCUAUUGAAAUUCUUGGUAAGAUCUUGAGAAAAGGACUAAAAGCUCCAAAACGAUGUUACCAUCAUAUUGAAGCUGGGCAAUGGGAAGGUACAAGUGAAGGUAGAGAACGGGUGAAACGUUUGUUAACUGAGACUUUGAUCCGUGGCGCAAUUCCCAGUUUGGAUAGCUAUAGUGCCAUGGCUACUGAUCUUUUCGAGGAAGGUAAACUUGUUGAAGGUGAAGAAGUGCUUCUUGCAAUGCGGAAAAAACGCUUUGAGCCAACACCAUUUAUUUACGGUGCCAAAGUUAAAGCACUGUGUAAAGCUGGGAAGCUGGAAGAAGCAGUCUCUGUGAUCAAUAAGGAGAUGAUGGAAGGUCAUUGCCUUCCAACAGUUGCAGUGUAUAACAUUCUUAUCAAAGGUCUAUGCGAUGAAGGAAAAUCAAUGGAGGCUGUUGGAUUCUUGAAAAAGAUGUCUAAGCAAGUCUCUUGUGUAGCUAACGAAGAAACAUACCAAACUCUAGUGGAUGGAUUGUGCGGCAAUGGUGAGUUUGUUGAAGCGAGUCGGGUCAUGGAGGAGAUGUUGGUAAAAUCAUUCUUUCCUGGUGUUGACACUUACCAUGUGAUGAUAAAAGGUCUCUGUGCUGUUGACCGGCGAUAUGAAGCUGUAAUGUGGUUGGAAGAAAUGGUUAGUCAGGAUAUGGUGCCGGAAUCUUCUGUGUGGAACGCUUUGGCUGAGUCUGUCUGCUUUAAUGCCGUUGAUGAUUUUAGAGAGAUACUUGAGCAUCUAAUUACUAGCAAAUGUUAA